AUGGAGGAAGGUGAGAAAUCGCCUGAGGGGCCUCAAAGCAGUUUCAAAAGAUUGGCCGCCAUAUCUGCCUGGAACAGCGUUCUCUUACACGUCAAUGAUACCCUUUUGCCCGGCUUCGCUCGCCAUCACAUUGGCCGCCUGGCAAAAAGCGUCGCUUCGGGUCUUCGAGUCGAAGUUCAGACGGCAUGGGGAUCUCACAUCCCUUCCACAGUCAUCCUACGACUUCAAAUCAGAAAUGGGGACGAUGUAGGCGAUUUCGCAGUCAUCACCCUGCCAAUGGGUCAAACCAAGCUGCCCUUGAACGUCGAUUACUUCAAUGCAGCUGAUGAGUCCUUGAUGAAAGAUAUGUUUCCCGAUCCAAAAACGGACCCUUUUGGUGCGGCUCACUCACGAUUUCGCGAUCAAGACUUGCAAUAUUUUGAGAAUAUCGACCGUACAGCAGGGAUAUCUUCCUACAUCAAAUACACCACUGCAACAAUUGCACGAGUCACUGCCGUGGUAGAAGCCCAUGAACUCACCAUCAUGUAUCCAUCGAACUUUUGGAAUCGCAUUCAACGUCUACCAGCUUCAUUGCAAAAAAUCGCCAAGAACAUCAAGUCGCUAUUUGACUCGAUGAAUCCGGAAGAACAAAUCACGUUGCACAUAACACUCCCAGCCAUCCCAAAAUGGGAACAAGAUUGGCAUGUCCUCUUCACUGAUGAACGCAAAAUUAACCCCGGGAUUCUCGACAUCCCAUCUCUCUGCAAUGGUCUGAUCGAAGAUUUGGAUUACUCCAAAAUACUUGCUGGUCGCGAAGAAUAUGGCAUUUUUGGCACGCACUCUCCCACAGCCUAUGUAAUGGCCGUCAGUAUGAAAAACGUCAGAGACUUCUUGCCCAACGUCGGAACCAAAGUCAAGGUGUACCUCAGAGAUAUCGCUCAAAGUGGCUAUACACUGCCAAAGCCGCUCUUCACUAACCUCCAAGUCGUACAUCUUGCCAGUAGGCUCAGGUCGGAUAUUCUUCAUGCAGAGUACAAGGCAAGCAACAAAGUUGAUCGUGAAUUUAGAGGCAGUUUCCGGGAAAGAAAUCAUCUAAUAUCGGAGCUUUUUUUCCAGCAGGCCACCGUGGACUUGGCGCCGUACCUCCACAUGCCGGCCAAGGAUGAUGCGCAGCAUGAAGAAGCCCGGAAAGCAGCUGAAUACCUCAAGAGUAUUGGCGAGGAAGAUGAUAUGGCGCAUUAUAUCCGCGUUUACAAUUGGGUUCGCUCGGCCUUGUGCGUUGCACCCAAGACUAGGUACCACGAGCCCUACUCGGGCUAUCGCUUGGAUCUUCCGCCUGGUGUUUCUGCGGAUGUCGCUCUCUUCUACGUCGAGGUACCUAGACAGCGAGACUGGCCUCACACAUUGAAGAAUCCCCCCAUGACGGUUGACAUUCCAAACAUGUCUCCCCCAACUGAUCUCCAACAGUUCCUAGUCAAUGCAUUCGCGAAUCAAGACGACAUCAUUCGCGCCGAAAUUCGCUACUCUCUCGAUACAGCGUUGUACGAAGAGCCCCCAGCAUCGUCUCUCAAAAACAAUCUCACCCCCAACCCUGUGGCUGAUGACUGGUGGAAGUCUAUGGUGCAAUCCUCUGGUUUGCCAGAGUCUGACCAAACCAAUCAGUCCCGGAUGCUGGAUGGCCCGCGAAACGGAUUGGAUAACUGA